AUGGAGUCAAAAAACAUGACAAGUUUUAGUGGUUAUGAAGGGGUUUUAACGACUCAACGGCACUAUGACUUUAAAGAAUAUUGGUUCGUAGCAGAAGGGCAUAACUUGGUUUCGGUGCCACCAUGUAAAUUGUUGCUUUUUGGUAGAAUAGAUCAAUGGACUGCUUCGAGAAUAUCUAAUGUCGAAUAUGAGUGGGAAGAGGAAUGGUUCCACGGUAUGCCUAUUGAUCAUUUUGCAUACACUGAUAAUCGUACCUUCGCGCUCAGGUAUUUAAUAAAUACGCAGAAUUUUGUUGCAAAUGGACCGAUUUUCUUCUAUACAGGCAACGAAGGCAAUAUUGAAGCAUUCGCACAAAAUACGGGUUUCAUGUGGGACAAUGCUCAGAACUUUGGCGCUGCCAUUGUUUUCGCAGAGCAUCGAUUCUAUGGGAAGACAUUACCAUUUGGAAAUAAAAGUUUCACUGAACUGGAUAAUAUUGGUUAUUUGUCAUCCGAGCAAGCAUUAGCAGACUUUAUUGACGUUGUGUUGUAUCUUAAAAAACAGAGAAUUCCGAAUGCAGAACAUUCACCAGUUAUUGCAUUUGGUGGCUCAUAUGGUGGAAUGCUUGCGGCUUGGAUUCGAAUAAAAUACCCGCAUAUAAUCGAUGGAGCAAUCGCCUCCAGUGCUCCUGUAUUCUGGUUUCCGAAUACCGAUGUGCCUGCAGAUAUUUAUGAUCGGAUCGUAACACGCUCUUUUGUUAAAUUUGGUUGCAAUGCUAAAGUCGUGUUUUCUUCGUGGAAUUCAUUGGACCAACUUGCCAAAACUGAAAGUGGUCUGAAUUAUCUGAAUGCUUUGUUCAAUAUAGACAAGAAAUCGGAAAUGGCGCAUCAGAGAGAUGUUGCCUAUCUUAAAUCUUUUAUUCGAGAUGUAUUUGAAACGAUGGCAAUGGUUAAUUAUCCAUAUCCAACCAAUUUUCUCCAACCGAUUCCAGGCUGGCCGGUUAAAGUUGCCUGUGGUUAUUUUGAUGGAGCAACUACUGAUAAGCAACUCGCAAAAGCAUUGUACUCAGUAGUCAAUCUUUUUUAUAAUUAUACUGGCCAAACAGAAUCAUUUUGCAUCAAUCCAAACGUAUGUGAAUAUCCAGACGAUGUACUUGGUGGACUUAGUUGGUCAUGGCAGGUUUGCACAGAAAUGGUUAUGCAAAUGUGCUCCAGUGGAUUACCGAAUGACUUUUUCCAAGAGAACUGUCCAUUCACAGUGCAAGGAAUUGCCAAACAGUGCGAAAAUCAAUUCGGAAAAAUCGGUUAUUCUAGCAGACUUCUCCGGCCUAUGUGGGCUACGAAUAAUUAUGGUGAUCAUUUUCCAACUGCCAGUAAUAUUGUCUUCAGUAAUGGUGAACUUGAUCCAUGGUCUGGCGGCGGUUGGUCACCGAGCCAUAAAACAAGUGAUUCUUCAUUGAUUGGGAUGAUAAUUCCAGAUGCUGCUCAUCAUUACGAUUUGCGUGGUGAACACGAAUUGGAUACUAAAGCAAUAAAACGUGCUCGAAAAAUUGAGAAGAAAUUUAUAGCGAAAUGGAUAAGGCAAGCGAGGAAACACCAAUACAAACAUUAUAAAUAA